CCAGCGCGAAAGCAACCCGCAUUCCGCCAAGAAAAACGGAACGGCUUCGCCCCACAGGGCCGACCGGAUCCCAAAUCGCCAUGGAUUUCCUCUUCAACUCGCUCGCGGCGCCCGACCCCGCCUCGCCGCCGCCGGAGCCGGACACCGCGGGAUCCGCCUCGCCCUCUCCCGCCGCCCCCUCCGACGCCGGGGGCUGGGGCUUCGGCGGGCUGCUCAAGACGCUCACCUCGCAGUCGGAGACCGUGCUGGAGACCUACCGCCGCGACCUGGCCGAGUUCAGCACGGGCCUGCGCCGCGAGACGGACGCCUUCCGCGAGGCGGCCGCCCAGGCCGCCCGCGACCUCCCGUCCUCCGCGCACGCGCUCGACGGGCUCGCCGACAUCGUCGCGCAGGGCAAGGACGCCCUCGCCCAGGCCACCUCCGCCGCCACUCCCUCCUCCACUCCCGCGCCCACGGACGCCGCCGAAUCCGACCUCAGCUCCGCGUCGGGCCACCUGCGCCACUACAGCCGCUUCGAGGCGCAGCUGCGCGCGCUCCAGUCGGAUCCGGCCACCUUCGGCGCCGAUCCCGACGACGCCGAGGACUUCGCGGCCUGGAGGAGGACCGCCGGGUUCAGCGUCGACGAGCGGCAGGAGGAGAUCGAGGCGCUCUGCUACGAGAGCGACGCCGUGGAGGGCAUGCUGGACCGGCUCGUGCCCGACGCGGUGGAGGGCGAGCUGUUCUGGGCGAGGUACUUCUACCGCGUCCAUAAGCUGAAGCAGCAGGAGGACGCCAGGGCCAAGCUCGUGAAGCGGGUCAUCGCGCAGGAGGAGGAGGAGGAUCUCAGCUGGGAGCUGGAUGAUGAGGCUGAUGAGGAGGAGCCAGAGAUAAAGCAAGCAUCCAUCAACGAAGAACCAAAACACGAACUACAAGAAGCUGAAAACAGAGUCGAUGAAGUGAAACAAGCCGGUGCUCUAGAGAAGGAAACGAGGAACGCUGAUGCGCCGCAGCCGGAAGUUUUCGGCAGCUCUAUGGUGGUAGUGGACAAGGAGGAGAAGGAAGAUGCAUCCAAAUCGAUCGUUGAAGAAUCAAGCGACAAGAAAACUGUUGCCGAGGAACCACGUUCUAGCGCUGGAGAUGACGCGGUGAAGGAAGGGGCGAAGCACGAGACAAGCGACUCGAGCAAGGACAGCGACUACUCCUUGGUGUCUAGACAGCAAACAGCGACCGAGGAUGAUCUUGAAUGGGACGAGAUUGAGGAUCUCGGGGAGCACGAAGAGAAGAAGGGGAGUGCUCAUGGUUCCAGCCCUGCUCCGAAGGAGGAGUUGCGUAAGAGACUCAGUGUUGCAGAAGAUGAUGAGGAUUUGAGUUGGGACAUUGAGGAUGACGAUGACAAGGCCUGAGAAGCCAUCCUGGAUCUACAAUGAGCCGUCUUCUGGGUUUAACCCAGGCCUGCUGGGUCCACCAGUGGCCUUGGUGCUGGCUAUUGCUGCUCUGCUGCUCUGCUCCUCUUCCUUCUGUUUGGUGCGCUGCUACUCUACCGGGGAGCAAUCUUCUCUCUGUCGUUCUUCUUCCCCCAUGCCCUGUUUUCCUCUCUUUUCCUUGCAAUCCUCUUUCUUCUAGUUCCAGAUCAGCUCUGCUUCAGCAAGGGCUCUUCUACAGUGGAAGUGGAGGCCCUGGCCAAAUAUAUGCAAGUGUCACACCUCCACUCCAUGUUCCUUCAGUUUUAUUUUUAGUACUUGGUGUAGUAUACGGGUAUCUGUAGUUAUCUAGUUGCUGGAUUACUAGUCGUGAAUACCCUGUGAGUCAGUAUAGUACCCUAUGGACAUUGGCUCAACUCACUGACCCUCAAUCAGUUCAGGUUGAAUAAUUUUUGCCUCAUCAGUUGGCUGUGAGUAAUUCUAACUUGCAAGCUGUCAAAACCUGAGCUUGUUUAUUGUUCGGUCACAAACUCAAUGCCAAAGACUGGUUCAUCCAAUGUGAUAAUAGUAUAAGUCGCGCAGUUCCUUCCCUAUGAUAUAUCCAUCACAUAUUUACCAGUAGAGAUUUGUAAUGACGGAGCUCCUCUGUGCUAACAUGUAAAGCAGCAAGACACGGCAUCACAUGGCGAAUCAACUACUUGGAUCUCAUGACUUGAUAUCUCAUCCUGGGUGGAGGCAGCACAUGGGCUGGAACCGAGACUAGUUUACUGCUGACCCUGGUUCCGAACUCCUGAGCGAACCUAUCCUCUGCAUACUUGUUACCAGGAACCAUCUCAUGGACUCUGCUAAAGAUAGCAUGCUCUAGGUAUUUUGGUCACUUGUUUUUCAUUAAGCUUCUUAGAGUAUAUUCCCGUUACAAUCUUGCCCUCUUCACAGGGAAAGAUUGUAGAAGGGCAAAGGUAUUGUAUGAAGUUUUAUGACAAGUGACAAACAUACAUAGAGAAACCUGUCAGUGUCCCCUGUAAGGAGCAGAGCAUCCAUGAGAUGGAUCUCCACAGCAAGUAGCCAGAUAUGCAUAGCGU